GUAGGGCCUGUGCAAGGACAACCAAAAAAGUUAUUCUUACCAUUUUUUUUUAAGCAAAACCCAAAAACAAUCUUAAACUACAUAGGUAUAGCCGUACAGGCGAGUAACAGUCCAAAAGACGUGGUGACGGUGACGGUGACGGUGACGGUGCCCAACUCAUACGCAAAUUCAAUUCCUUUAGAACCUCUUAUACGCAAUUCGUCACUCAUACUAUAGUUCCAAAGCUCGAAUUGCAGAAGCUCGUUCCAGUGUACAAGAUAAGCUGACUGGUGCUGUUAACGGAAAGUUUCUUUCUGCUGUGCAGUGUACAACAUAAGCUGACUGGUGCUGUAAACACAAAGUUUCUUUCUUGAAGGUUCCAAUACAAAAUGGAUGAGAUCGUUAAGUCUGUGGAGGAAGUCAAGAAACAGUGGGAUGAAAGAAGUUUUGAGACUCUAGGACAUAUAAAGGCGAUAGAGGAUUAUGGCAAAUCUAGAGAUAUUAGUGGAGAGAAAAAUUCUCUUCCUAGAUUGAACGGUCUGGCACAAGAUGGGCUGGCUAUGCUUAAUUCAUUGCUGCUCAAGCUUGAUAUUCUCGCUCCACAGCUUCCAACCUAUGAUGAGGUUCAGUCUGCAGAAGCUCUUCUUGAGAACUGGAAGCAGCAAUCUCAAAGUUUGCGAAUUGCUUUGAGAAAUGCUAAUCUGCAAGCAAAGGCAAACAUGAGGAAAACUGCUAAGCAAGAGAGGGAACUUCUUCUAGGAGGGGGCAGCGAGUCCACUAUGCGCAGACGUAAUUUACAAACAAAGGCUGGGAUGACGUCCGCUGCAGAAAGUAUCACCGAGAGCCUCCGUCGCACUCGCCAACUAAUGGCUCAGGAGUUGGAAAGAAGUGCAAGUACAUUAAUGACUGUUGAGGAAUCAACUGGAACAUUGAAGAAAGCAGAAAGUGAAUACAAAGGCCACCGAUCACUGUUGACACGAACGCGUAAUCUGCUUUCGACGAUGCAGCGUCAGGAUAUUAUUGAUCGUGUCAUAAUUAUUGUGGGGUUCCUCUUGUUCUCUCUAGCUGUUCUUUACGUUGUUUCAAAGCGUAUUGGGAUAUUGAAGCUGCAGCGAGUAGUUGUUGCGUCCAUUAAAGCGGGUAUGGUUAAAGGAGCUCGUGUUAGACAACAAGCAGCAGGAGAUGGACAUGAUGUUUUGCAACAUGGUAUACCUCCUACAAUCAUGGCAAACCCAGCUCAAAAUGUCUUGCAUGAUGAACUUUGAAUUUUUCCUCUUCAUAUAUGAUAUAAAUAUACAAAUUUGAGAGGGAAUGACUAUUCCAUUAACAUGCCUUAAUCAUUUAGCAUAUUCUCUUUAUUACAUGUUGAUUUUCCCUGUUCA